AAAAUUGUUUUCGAAAUAUCACCAAAAUUCUACUUGGACAAUAUAUUAUAAACUUUAAAAAUGGACAGAUUGCUUCGUCUAAGCGGUGGAAUGCCAGGCUUAGGACAGGGUGCACCACCUACUGAUGCGCCAACAGUGGAUACAGCUGAGCAAGUUUACAUUUCCUCUCUAGCUCUUUUAAAGAUGCUGAAGCAUGGUCGAGCUGGGGUGCCUAUGGAAGUGAUGGGACUGAUGUUGGGGGAAUUCGUCGAUGAUUAUACAGUGCGAGUGAUCGAUGUUUUUGCAAUGCCGCAGUCAGGGACCGGUGUGAGUGUUGAAGCUGUGGAUCCAGUGUUUCAAGCAAAAAUGUUGGACAUGUUAAAACAGACAGGCCGCCCAGAGAUGGUGGUUGGUUGGUAUCAUUCUCACCCUGGCUUUGGUUGCUGGUUAUCAGGGGUAGAUAUAAACACCCAACAGAGCUUCGAGGCUUUGUCUGAAAGAGCUGUAGCUGUUGUAGUGGACCCAAUCCAAAGUGUCAAGGGCAAGGUUGUAAUAGAUGCUUUUCGACUCAUAAACCCCAAUAUGAUGGUUCUAGGCCAGGAACCUCGACAAACAACAUCAAAUCUUGGACAUUUACAGAAACCCUCAAUACAGGCAUUAAUACAUGGAUUAAACAGACACUAUUAUUCCAUAGCUAUCAAUUACAGAAAAAACGAAUUGGAACAGAAGAUGUUGCUGAAUCUUCAUAAGAAAAGCUGGGUUGAUGGGUUAUCUCUUGAAGAUUACAAAACACACUGCACCAAUAAUGAAAAGACUGUCAAAGAAAUGUUAGAACUAGCAAAGAAUUACCACAAGGCUCUGGAAGAAGAGGAAACAAUGACUCAGGAACAACUAGCAAUUAAGAAUGUUGGAAAAUUGGAUCCAAAACGCCAUCUUGAGGAACAUGUCGAUGUAUUGAUGACAACAAAUAUUGUCCAGUGCUUAGGUGCUAUGCUUCACACAGUGGUCUUUAAAUGAGAUGUUUAAGAAGUAACUGGCAGUAACUCUUAAUGAUAUAAAAUUCAUUUGUGAUAUAAUGUAGCAUUAGAGUUCAAAUUUUCAUCCACAAAUGAUACAAUUGUAACAUUAGAUAUUCACCUUUUUAAACUCUUAAAGAUAAAAUUCCAUUGUGCUAUUACUUCUAUCACUUGUUGGUAGCAAAGAUCUGAGUUUGGUUUUGAAUAAGUACAAUUCAUCCACAUACAUGAUAAUAUUAUUUUUGCAAAUAUAUGUACCUUCACAUACAUGUAUGCUACAGUAUAUCAUAAGUGGAUUUUAUAUCAUUUUGGUUACUACAGUAAAAUAGAGACGUUGUUAUAUUGUUUGAAAGUGAACACAAUUGCAGUUUCAUUUGACAGUCUAUCAUCAUCAUGAGAAUCACAUUUGUCCAUUAUAAAUAUCACAUUAAAUUUAUACAGUGUAGAAAUUGUACUGAAUUAACUCAAAGAUCUUUUCAAAUAAACAAUGAUACCUUCAA